AUGAUAGAUGCAAGGGACAUGCUCCUGCACGGGCAGCACAAAGCCUUCAUCCUUGAACAAGUCCCGGGCUUUGACAAACAUGAGACAGCUUCGGAUCCAUCAAAGCCCACUCCGUUGCGCAGGUUUCUGGAUAUGAUCCACACCGAGCUGAAGGUGGCCAAGAAGCCAGGCUACCAUGCCGUGGUCCUGAGGGCUUCCCAUCAAGAUUGGGUCCAGCUGAUGCGUGACAGGGAAGCUUUGAGAGGCUUGGAAGAUGAGGUUGAUGCUGAGCCGGCUCAGCCUUUGGACGAUGACGAGCGACAUCAAGCUGCGGUGGAGAGAGCAGCGCAGGCAAGGGCAGCCCGAGCUGGAUACACAGAAGCAGCGCCUUGUCAGGAUGAGUCUGACGGUUUCGCUUUGGCAAGUUUUGGAUUGCUAAAGCUCGGAACAGACUUGCAGCAGCAACUCGCGCAAGCUGCGUGGAAGCUCAGAGGGGCCAAGACAGCCACCGUGGCAAGGUUCAAAAGGAUGUUCAGUGAACUGCUGCUGCAUUUUCGGCCUACGGGCAGCCUGACCUCACAGGCUGCAAUGAUGCAGCAGGACAGACAAGCACUGCACGUCGUGAUGCAGCAGGCAGCAUGUUAUUUGGUAGUUUUCUCAGCUUUUUUGAUUGGGGCCUUGCUGGCUACCCUGUCAAAGCUGUGUGCUGGUGUGAAUCCCAAGACCCACAGGGUGGUGAUGCUCCUUGUCCGAAGGGCUUAUGAUGAAACUCCUUCGGAUAUCAGCGUCGCUUGGAUGACACAUUCUGAAUUGGGUGCAUUUAACAAGAAGCGAAGCAAGCAGGAGGGGACUGCGAAAGUCCUCCAGACCCGAUGCGAUGUUUUGAUUCUGAUGAAUCAUGUCUCGAGCGCGACCUACUACAGCAUGAGGAUUCCCAUGCCUUGCUGGCUCAUGGCGCUGGAGAAAACAAAUGCUCAGACGACUGCCAAGGCCCAGAGGUCAAUUCUGGACAUGAUUCCUGGCCUCCAGUCCUUCGGCCAAAAGGCCAAAUAUAAUCUGCAACUCGUGACAACCGAUCGCUGUGCUUCCAACUUGAAAGCCGAGAGACUCCUCGACACUGGGGGAAUCAACGGCUGCACAACACAUCAUUUUUGUGUUGUGCAUAUGACCCACACCUGUCAAUCCAAGACCGUCCAGAUGCUGGACGGUCAAGUCACCGGGAUGGUUGCUACAGCUUUGACUUGUAUGGACGCGGGAAGCAUCCGAUCGCUUCGAUCAUCGAUGGAGAAGGUUCUGAAAGACAAGGUGCAUUUGUGCUUCGGGUCUCGGCCGGAGGAUCCGUUUGCAAACGAGUACAGAUCUGCUGUCUUGGAAACCUUCCUACCCUUGCAGGACGAUGAUGGAGAUGAGCAUGUUCUUGGCAGGAUGCAAGAGCAUUACUUGCAAAGAAAGCGAAGUCGAGCCAUCAUCAACUUCUUCCUGCACGGGGACCUGCAAGACCAAGAUGAGAUAUGGUUCUGGAGUGAAACAUGGGGACUGGAGCAAGAGCAUGUUGUGCAACUCAUGGCAAAAUGGCUCAUCCCAGUUUUGCUUCCAAAGCGGCCUCCAAUCUUUUCGCGCACCCGAUGGGACGGGUUCCAUGACUCUCUCCUGUGGUUCGGACUGGCACAGGCUUGCCAUGGCUUGCUUCGCCCUACGCUGCAAGACUUUCUGAAUGUCACUCCGACGGUGCUGCCGCGUGCGGCAGAGGAUGACCGUCAGGAGGUCGAUGCAGAUGAGGCAGACAUGGAGGCUGUCACCGGGAACAUCGACUGGAAGGAGCUCAAGGUGAAGAUGCGGCAGAAAGUGCAGGUGUGGCUUCAACAACCGUUGUUCCCACCUGUGCUUCUUAUGCUUCAGGCCUUGCGGCCAAUGUCUCGAUUUUACCACCGCCUGAUUUAUUCGGGCGGUGCGGAAUGGGAAGACAUUGAGAGGACGAAAGAGUCCCAAGGCUGCCGUCGAUCGUAUGCGGUGCUUGAGGCGGCGCGGGAAUCAGAUCUCAAUGCUUACCGGCGGAGUGUGAGUGACACCUUCCACGAGCAGAUCGUGCUUCUCCCGCGAUGGUGUCACUUCCGCCACUACCAGGUGCUUCUGUUUCGCAUGCUCAGCCGCAAUGUGUGCAGCACGGAGUUUCUGAUCGGCACAACCUACAGGUCAUACCCAAUCAAGCUCUUCAAGAGUUUAGACAAGGUGCACGAGGCGACGGAUCCGGAGUGCAUGCACUGCCGUCUCACAAAGCUGAUCCUCUCGGAGGGUUGUGACCUGGACAGUCCUGAGUCGCAAGCUGUUCUGACGGCCAUCGCUUCAAUGUUUCAGUUGCACAUUGCUUCGAUAGAAGCCCGAUCGAACAGUGCUGACCGAGCCCAGUUCUGCCGUGACAUGCCUGUGUCCGGAACAGCCCAAGCAGACACCGUGCCGCCCGAGCCGAAGCAGCCGGAGCGAAAGAAUCCUUGGAAUGCAUUCCUCAGCGAGAAGUGCCGCCGCAGAAUCUCUGACCUCGGCAGCACUUCGUACGCUGCUCUCGUUGAGGAGUACCGUCUGCCGGGUUAUGCUCAUCAUGGUGCUAUUCCUGCAGCAGCGGCAUCAUCUUCUGGCUCUGGCAAGGAAGUGGCCGUGGAAGCUCUUGUGGCUGUGCCUGCCGCUGGCCACCAGGAGUUGGCAGUCCCUGACCAGGCUUACAAGUUGAUGGCUGCAGACUUGUCAGACAAACUGCAGGUGGUUCAGCAGGAGUAUCACAGGCGAUCUGCGUCUGUGAAAGACUGGUGUGACAUUUUUCGCGACAGCCGGGUUCAGCAUCGGCAAGAUCAAGAGCAUCUUUUUCGAGAAUGUGGUGUGGUGGAGCAUGUGCCUGCGCUUAAUGGCCUCGUGUCGGCGGAAAUGCGCGUACCAGCGGACAAGAUCGGCGAAGUGCCCGGGUUAGAUGGUUCAAUCAUGAGGGACCUAGAUCUGCUCUCAGUUGGUGAAAAGAGCACCUUGCGGGCCUCUCUUUUGGACAAGUGGCAGAGCAUGUGUGACUUGAUUUUGAACACAGAUGAGACACCAUUUCCAGAUGCUUCAGAUGCUCUUCCAACUCGUUGUGCACAGCUCGGCAUGUGUGUCUGUGCUUCACGUGGCUUGCAAGCUUACCUCUUUCAUUGCAGGCUGAUUUUCUGUUUGAAGGCAUUCUUCACACCCAAGAGAUCCCGCAAGAUUCGGGAUGCUGCUGGCAACAUGGUGAUCAAGGAGCUGUCGCAAGCCGAGCAGCAUCAGCAGACAAAACUGAAAUCCAACCGAAAGCUUCUGGAUGAUGGUUUCGUUGUUGUUUGCUUGCGGCCAUCCAGCCGAACUGCCGCAGCAGAAGAGGUUCUGCCUCACAAGUACAUGCACUCCUCCUGGAAAGCUUUGGCCCUGACUGCAAUGAAUGUCAGUGCGGAGGGUGAAGCAGAUUCUCCAACUUCCCUCUGGCUCCAUCUCGGCCACAUCAAUUAUACGACGUGGGCUCUCGGUGUGUUGCGUCUGGACGAAGCUGGUGCUGAUGAGGCUCGGCCUGAGUACACGAAGCUUCAAGUGCCCACACCUCAAGAAUGUUGCCAUUCCGUCAGAAUGUUUGAGCAAAGCGGCAUCAAUUUCAGUGGCCCGUGGCAGUUCACUGUCAGCAUGAUCUUGAGCAACAAUGAUGAGCUGGAAAGGGCCAGCAUGCGACCCGACACAGUGCUUGUGAAACAGCAUGCAGAAGUGCCCAACAUGGAAUUCUGGCAGGGCUGGCCGGCAGAACAGGCCCGCCAUGAAAAGAACUCCAAAAGUCGACCUGUGCCUUCAUCUGGCAAGCGGAAGAAGGAGACAUCUUCAGCCACAGCUGGGUUCCGGAAAAGAACCAAGUCUGCGCCGGGCUCAUCCACGGAUGCCGUGGAGCCUCUGCCUGCACACGAACCGGAGGACGAUGUGGCUGGAGAUCCAGUGGAAGAAGAUCUUCUGCAUGAUGAGGAAGUCCGCAGUGAGGCCUCCAGCACUCCAUGGUCUGAGUAUGUGGCCGAUGCUUUGGAGAGGGAGGAGCCUGGGUAUGAUGGAAGCUUGAAAGCGGAAGGCUCCGCUGCAGCCGCUGCAGCAGCGCCAGACAUUGCUGCAGGUUCUGUCGAUGAUGCUGAUAUGGGUCCUGCUCGUGCAGACACAGCCCACCCACGUGCCGAACCACGCCCGACAACUGUGGUGGGCUUCAAGAGUUUAGGAGACCUUCGCUUCAAUGCCAAAGACUGUCACAUCAUGGCGGACAGUGCAGCUCUUCACAAGAGCACAAGCAGAUGGCAGUGCCUCGACAUCUCAGUCUUCUGUCUAGGCAGGAAGCGAGAGCUGAGUUCAUGCGAGAACCACAUGCUGCGGAUGUUGCGAGUCACGAACGCACACGGAAUCACGAUGAUUUUCGUCGUCUUCCUGCGCAAGGACGUGUAUGGUGUCGCAGAUGCUGGUUUCCUUGCCAAGACUUACAAGGACCUCAUCACGAAGCAGCAGGAGGCGACCCCGAAGAAGCUCAGCGAUCUUUUGCCAGAGAGGGUGGAUAUGCGUUCACUGAUGGAGGGCAAAUUCAUCGAUGUCAGCCAGGGGGUGAAGCGUGGUGCCCACAGCAACAAACCUGGGUUUGUUCGCACCUUCACAACAAGCACGGUUUUGUAUGAUUUCAGCCGUGAUGUUGUCUUGAGUGGCUACGAGAUGCUGCUACUUCAUGGUUUCCCACGAGACUUUGUGAUUCCGGCCGACAUCCCAGAGCCGGAGGUGCGCAAGGACAAGACGCCGAAGCGAGGUCCCCCGGGUGAUGAUGAUGCUGACGAGUUCGAUCGCAACAGUGAGCGAGGAAUGCCUGUGGAUGAUGGAUGUUACAACUGUGGCGGCACGUGGAGCGACACUAACCCGGGGAAGCCGUGGUCUGCUGGGAAGGAGAAGUGGUUCGACAAGGAGCCGAAGUGGCGGCCCAAGUUCCUCAAGUCGGCGAGGAUCCGGUCGGGGGAGAUCGACCCACCUCAGUGGGACACCGCCAGCAAUGUCGUAGACUGGGAAACCGUGGAGAUGGAGAUUCACCAGGAAUUGGGCCUCCUGUCGGAGGCAGAGUUCGAGGCUCUGACAAAGUUCGCCGGAUCAGCUGUGAAGGCUGAGUUGCAGGAGGUGCCGAGCCCGCUCGGCCACGACAAGAACUUUUUCAUCAUCACCUUAGAUGGGCUUCCCUGCACCGUUACCAACGGAAUGAGGAAGCUUUGUUGCAAGUACAGGUUCGGCCUGACAAGGGAGGACAUGCUUUUGCAAGCAGCGAAACAGCUUGUAGAAGGGCAAGGGAAAGCGGUUUUCAGCUACCACAGCGAGGAGCAGCUGAAGCAGAGACCGAAGGGACUGCAGACCGAGCAGCAGUUCAAGGAGCUCAAGUCCUUGGAGGGGCUGAAAGAGAAAGCCCAAAAGGCUGUGGCCAAGAGCGGUGCGCAGCCAGUCAAGGCCACUGGUGAUAGCAGUUCCGAGGCUGGUGACGACGAGGACGGUGACGGUCCCAAGGCAAAGAAGUUGAAAGUUCAGCAGUCGGGGCGACUGCAGAAGCUUGCCAAGCCCAAGAGGAAGGGGGGCAAGAAAGCACCCGCCGGCGCGGAGAUUGCCGUGGUUGACAACCCAGAGGGGGUCCCCAAACCUUUGGAGUCUGUGGUUGCGGCCCGUGGCAACACGCCGAAAUGCUUUACCAACUUGCACAUUGAUCGAAUUCUCAUGGGCGAGAAGUUGAUGAGGAGUGUGGAUGCAGCGAGAAAGAUUAUGGAUGACAUGAAGGCCCAGCGCCAGUUCCAAUGGAAAACUUUGCACAAACACAUCGAACUUUGCGAGAUGGCAAACGGAUUGGUUCACAACUCCAGCCAGAUCACUGCUCGAGAGUGCCGCUUGACCAUGGAAAAGUUGUUGUCGAAUAACAUCGAGCUGCCGUUCAACAUCCGUGUCCUGGGAACAGAGAAAAUCCUUGCGGGCACUUGGAGCGAGCUUUACCACAGCCCCCAGAGCACCUCUGCCCAGGACAUCACUCAGAUCGUGGACCAGAUGAUGAGUGUUCUGAUCAGCUGGCGACAUUGCAUGCCUGAGGACGCAGCUGAUGAGGCAGAGAAGAAGGGGAAAGAGGUGGACAUCUUCAGCUUCGACGACUUGGCGGCAGAGGUGAUGGCGGACAAGGAGGACACGAAGGACGAUGAGGAGGAAACCAAGACGCUGCAGGUCUUGGAAGAGGCUGGGAUGCUUUUGAGCUUUAAAGUCUUGGUGUCUUGA